UCGUUUGCUCCCGCCCCUUCCUGCUGUUUUGCAGCCGUGUCCACAGGGACUCGCAGGGCAGGAAGGUGGGGUUUUCUUUAGUUUGCUCCGUGAUUCCUGGCUUGCACAGCACCUGGGUGCCGCCCGCCGCCCUGGGAUUCGCCCAGCUCCGUCAUCUGAGCCAUGAGGAUCUGGUGCCUCCUGCUCGUCUCUGGAGUCUGUGCAGGGACGGUGAGCUCACAGGACACCUGCAGACAGGGCCACCCCGGCGUCCCUGGGACCCCCGGUCACAAUGGAUUGCCUGGAAGAGAUGGACGAGACGGCACGAAGGGCGACAAGGGGGAUGCAGGUGAACCAGGACGUCCCGGUGGUCCAGGGAAGGACGGGAUGAUGGGAGAGAAAGGAGAACCAGGGGUCGAUGGACACGUCGAAGCCAAGGGCAUCAAAGGCGACCAGGGCUCCAGAGGACCUCCAGGAAAACAUGGGCCCAAGGGACUUGUGGGCCCCCCGGGAGAGAAAGGCCUCAGCGGAGAGCCGGGCCCCCAAGGACUGAAGGGGGACAAGGGGGACGUGGGUCCCAUUGGUCCGGAAGGGCCAAAGGGCAGCACUGGACCUUCGGGCCCAACUGGCUCCCCGGGCCCCAUGGGGCCCAUUGGAAAGCCUGGUCCCAGGGGAGAUGCCGGACCCCUGGGGCCCCAGGGUGAGCCAGGCGUCCGGGGAGUGAGGGGCUGGAAAGGGGAUCGGGGAGAGAAAGGGAGAAUGGGUGAGACGCCGGUCUUGCCCAAAAGCGCCUUCACCGUGGGGCUCUCGGUGCUCAGCAAGUUCCCCCCGUCGGAUGUACCCGUCCGAUUCGACAGGAUCCUGUACAACGAGUUCAACCACUACGACGUGGCCACCGGGAAAUUCACCUGCCACGUGGCCGGCGUUUACUUCUUCACCUACCACCUCACUGUCUUCUCCAGGAACGUCCAGGUGGCACUGGUCAAAAACGGGGUCAAAAUCCUGCACACCAAGGACGGUUACACGAGCUCCGAGGACCAGGCGUCGGGCGGCAUCGUCCUGCCGCUGAAGCUGGGGGACGAGGUGUGGCUGCAGGUGCUGGGAGGGGAGCGGUUCAACGGCUUGUUUGCGGAUGAGGACGACGACACCACGUUCACGGGCUUCCUCCUGUUCAGCAGCUCGUGACCGUGACCGUGACGGCCCCAGAAUUGGCUCAGCGAAGAUGUUGUUUGAUGAUCUCAUGGAUGAAUGAAACCAUCACCGUCAAACCCGUAAAAAGGCGAUAAAUAGGCAAGUUAUUUCCCGAGCUGAUUCUGUAGGUCUUUCCUGUCAUUGCAAGAGUACAUGUAAAAAUACUUGCCCUGGGAGUUCCUGUUGUGGCUCCGGGGGUUAAGAACCCAACUAGGAUCCAUGAGAAUGCAGCUUCGAUCCCUGGCCUCGUGCAGUGGGUUAAGCAUCUGGUGUGGUGGUGAGCUGUUUUUUUAGUGCCACAGGUGUGGCAUUUAGAAGUUUCCAGGCUAGCAGGUGAACUGGAGCACGCAGGAUCUGAGCCGUACCUGCGACUAACAGCACAGCUCACAGCAACGUGUGGUCCUUAUUCCACGAAAGCAAGGUCAGGGAAUCGAACCUGCAUCCUCAUAGCUACUAAUGGGGAUCGUUUCGGCUGAGCCACAAUGGGAACUCCUGGCAGUUGCAGCUCUGCUUUGAUCCCUAGCCUGGGAACUUUCAUGGGCCUCGGAUGAGGCCCUAAGAAGAUAAAUAAAUAAAUAUCAACUCAGAAGUCCCUGAUUCUCAUCAUCUAAAUCUAAGUCAGUUAUAGCUGAGACCUAUUGUGUGCAUCGUCCUGGGACAAAAUGCUCCUUCAUCUGUGACCCUGCGAAACCAGAGAAAAGGCUGGCGCUUCCAGAACACAAGGGUGGGACGGAUGGACUUUUCCAACCCCAGAGGUAGAAAGAGGACAAGAAAGGAGCCCGUCCCAAUAUGCUCAAACCCAGCAGGGCAAAUUCCAUCUGACUUGGUUUUUUUUUCACAGCUUCUUGUCCGCUUAGCCAAAAUACAAGGCUUCCUUAACUCACUGAGCAAGGCCAGGGGCAGAACCUUCAUCCUCAUGGAUG